UGGUCAAUACAAUUUUUGUGCAGCUGAUUGGUCUGAUGUCACCAAAAAACGAACUUGCAUAAAAUCUCCGGAGAUUUGAGGUGGAGGAAGCGAUAGAGCAGAUGGGGUUCUGACGGAAAAACCAAAGGAGGGAGCUUUUGGAUUCUUAGACCACCAAAUGCUUCAGAGACUCUGUUUGAUGGCUUCUCAUGGUUACCCUCCAGGCCUUGUAUUGCACCCGGAAUUUUCCUUCUCCUCCACUAAUACCAAAGUUUGUCAAACAUCCUUGCCUGCAUUAGGAGCUGCACCCGACAUUAUCACAUAUCGAUAUCCUUGUCUUAAGUCGCAUCCAAAUGAGGAGUCACGGAAAUCUAGAAGUGAGCUACUGGAUUACAAUCAGCUUAUCAAUGUUGAGUUCUCAGCUCAAAGGCCGAUAUUUAUUGACAUCCAACAGAGCUGCCCAAAUCCAGUACUUCUCAGCUCUGGCAUUGUUGAACAAUGCACAAAGCGAGAUAAGAUCUCAAUUGCCAGGCAUUGAUAAAGCGCAACGAUUGUCAUCUCCUUUCUGGCCAAAUAGUGAAUUCUACAUCCCAAAGCCUUUACUGGAAUUUGUUCAAGAUUCAGCUAUUACUUCAAAGAUUACAGUUCAUCCAGAUGGUCAAGUCACAUUUAUGGGUUCUGCGAUUGAGAUGAAAGAUUUUCUUGCUGCAGUGGCUGAGUCAUACAUAUUGGAAAAUUCGCAUAAUGGGGAAAAGAAGUCUAUGCUUGUUCCGUACUUUAGUAGAGGCCAAUUCUCCUUGAAGAUUGAGUCUGCCUUAACUGCUCCAUUAAAGAGUCCUGAGAAAGUCAAAAUGAAGCCAUCUCAAAAAAAGAAAAAGAAGCUUAGCACCGAGAGGGAUCUCUACAAGAGGAACGGCAUGCAUGCAUGCGAGAGCCUUCUGUCAUUGAUGGUAGACAAGAAGCAACGCCGGCAAACAGCAAUGCUCUCUUUGAAGAAAUCUGGCCCUGAGCUUUCCGAGCUGCUGACACAAUUCUCUGCUGGUAUUGCUGGGACCGGCCUCGCUGUCCUGCUAUCUGUUAUGUGUGAGCUUGCAUGUGGAAGGAUUCCCAUUUCUGCAUCUAAGAUGUUCAAUACAGUGUUUGGAUUUGCAUUGGUUUGGCUUUCUUGGGCAGUAAAUAAGCUAAGGGCUACAGUAGUCAGCAUUAGCAAGAAUGCAGGGAAGUCAGGAUCAAAAGAAGAGGACAUGAUUCAGAAACUAGACAAGAGCAUACAGGGAAUCUACUGGAGCGCCGCAGCAUUGCUAGCGGUUGCAGUGCUGAGGCUUGCUUGAAUUGACCAACUACCAUUGCCAGAUACAUGGAAGAGUAGUUUGAACAAGUUUAACUCCCAAAAUUUCUGGUUUGAUGUUUAUACCUAGCUGUGAAGGUUGAAGCUAAUAAGCUAAAGCCUUAGCUCGGUUUUUAAGUUAGUUCUAGUAAGAGAGCUUCAAGGAACAAUGUAUAUCAACACUUGGUUGUUAUUGUUGAUGUUAUAUGUAACAUACAAUUUUGGAAUGUGAUCAGUGUUAAUAGAACCAUGUUUGAUGAAUGCUUUGCACAGCCAAUGAAAAUCAAGUCUUUGAAUCUA